AUGAUCAGUGAAGGUUACUUUGCUGUUCGUUUUGAUUGUGAACCACCACCAGAAACAAAAGAUUGGAUAAUUACUUGGAACUUUCCUGAUUCAAAAUUGUCAUCUAGCAACUAUCAAGUUGUUAAGCUACUAUGUGUUUCUUUACAGUCAGUUGUACUUCCUAAAGAUAUAGAAGACAAAGACUAUAUGAAAUGUUGGCGAAAAUGGGCAUCUCAAGAUUGGUCAGAAAUAAAACUUCCAAAUUUAGAUAUCAAUGAAAGUGAUGAGUCAGACACACAGAUGAGACGAAUGAUACUGAACUUUUUAUUACUUUAG